UUGUGAAUUUGACAAUUAGCUCUGCCUUCUGUUUUUAAUUCAGCAGUAAAUGAAUUAUUUACAUUUCAGGCUGGUUGCCACAAAAGGCAUCAAAGUUCCUCGGAGGGAUUUCCUGAAAGUCAACGUGAAAAGGAGUUGCGAUGACAUCAUGAACUACCUGCUGGAGCGGGUCGCCCCGCCUCAACCCGGCCUGCCGCGACCCCGCUUCUCCCUCUACCUCUCCUCACAGCUGCAGUACGGCAUCAUCCUGGUCUACCACCGGCAGUGCACCAUCUUUCUGGAGGAAGUCCAAUCCAUUCUGGGCCAACUGUUGAAACAAAGAAGCUCAGGAAAAACGGAUCUUUCCGGCCCAAGCAAGUCAGCUGCAGUCCUGCCUGAUGCCCUGUUUCUCAUGGAGGAGACCGAAGGCGCUCCGGAUCCUUUAUUUGGAGCGAUGCUCCUCCAGGACACGAUGCCCAACACGACGCAGCUGAUGCAGAUGAAUUGGGAAGCUCUGCGAGAAUCGUCUCCCGAGCUUCAUGAACGGAGCAGAUCAGCUACUUCUGCUUCUCCACAUCCGGAAAAUGGCAAGACUGUCCUUUAUGUGCUGCAGCUACAUUGCGUGGUGGUGGGAGUGUCAUGGUUUGGUUCUAGUGUCAGGAAAGAAACGUUCCUCACCUUCCAUUGCCUCAUUUUUCCCUCCUGUCUUCACCGGAUUGUGUGACAGCCAAACGAUGAGUUGUGUUUUUUUUGUUUUUUUUUCCCCUCAGGCAUCUCCGCUUCCCCAGAAUCCAUCACUCUGAGUGAGCCGAUACUUGCUGCCGCUGCCCCCGCCGCAGAGUUUGAUGAGGAAGACUUCACUGAUGAUCUUCCAGAAACUGUCGAUUUACUCCUGGACCAGCUGGGUCACUUUCAAGAAGGAGGUUUGGAGCCAAUUCAAGAAGAGAUGAGAGAGGAAGAGGAGAGCGAGAAGAUGAAGGAAAUGACUCCAUCCAUCGCAGACCUGCAGCCGCCCACCGUCUCCAGCGAGGGCCCUGAGCUGCUGCCUCUGGAGGAGUCGGGCCCCUCUGGGGAAACCCCCUUAACGCCCAGCGACCCGGUCGCCCGGGUGCCGGCGGCCGGCGUCCCCUCACCGCCGUCUGCAGCGCGGCGACGACGUAGGAGCCCCGAGUUAGAGGAGGUCCAACCUGAGGUGAAGAGGAGGAGGAGGAGGCAGCUGGUGUUCUUCGAUCCGGAGACGCAGCUCUCGGAGUCGGAGCAGCAGCAGCAGAUUGAGGAGCCUCUGACUGAGACCAGAGCGCCGGCCGUCGCCCCGCCUCCCUCUCACAGGGUCAUUCCUGCCGCCGAGCUGCUCAGCAACCCCUGCAGCUUUUUGCCUGAGGAGAUUCUGUCUCUGUGGAGGCGGGCGGCGGUCAUAACGCCGCUGUCGGGGCCCGACCUGCAGGUCGGGGACCGGGGGCCCGAGUCCACCGACUCGGAGCGCGAGCGAGAGAGGGAGGCGAUGCAGGAGGCGGCAGCCGAGGAGCAGAGAGCCAAUGAGGUUUCCACAGAGGUCCAGAGAGGAAUGGAGGAAUCUGAGAUGAUGAGAAUUUCAGCUCAAUCAGCUCCAUCUCUGGACGGGUUGGACCAGCGGGAGGCGUCUCGAGACAUUUCUCCUCUGUACACGUCUGAGAGAGAAGGCUCCACCGUCUCCACGGCGCUGCAGGACAUCCCAGAGGCGGUGGACGAGAGGAUCGAGGAGUUGGCAGUGGAAUCCCCUCGGCUGCUGCCGGAGUUGGCGGACUCUGAAAGCGAGCCGGUGCUUUUUCACUCGGUUUUACCGUCUGGAGCCGACCGCAGAACAGUCAGCUGCGUUUUUCAGAGGCUGCUGGAGAAUUUGUCGUCCAAGAGGAUUUCUGCCGAGCAGGAAGAGCCGUAUGGAGACAUCGCGAUCCUCCCCGGACCCAGAUAUGAAGAACUGGACCAGCCUUCAUAAUCUGCUCCCAGCUGAGACUCGGAGGAUUUCUGAGUUCACAAUUUCACCCAGUAAUUCUGUCUGCCACCACUGCACAGUUUUAAAAGUUGCAUGAUUUCCAAUGUAUCCCUUUAUUAUGUAUUACCAGAAUGAGUUUUGUGGUUUUAAAGUUCUUUCGGUUUUCCGUGUUUCUGGUGGCUCUCGCAGGUUUAACGAACGACAUGAGAUUUAAUAUGAAUCCUAUAUUUGAUUUUAUUGUUCCAGCUCUUUACAUGUGUGUUCCUUUCAACAAUAAAACGCGU